AUGCCGGAUUGCUCUCAGGCAAGCCGCGACUUGGGAAUUCUACAGGGCGGCAUUCGCAGCCCACGCAGCCCAAGGUUCCGCGAAGUGUUCGAUGCCCCAUUUUCAGAAGCCCUCAUGAACGCCUCACGGACCACACUGGCGACGGACAGCAGCGGCAGCUACCCUUGUCCCGACCAACACAACGGCCUCGAAAUGGAGACCAAGCGCCAUGCUUCCCAUGGCUCGAUGCGCAGCAAGAACCAGUCCCAGUCAUCGUCGCCACUGCAGUGGCGUCAGGACAGUUGGACGUCUUCGGAGGCAACCCGCCGUGCAAGCGUCAACGACAGGAUUCGCGACUGGGCCCGCAAAUCAUUUACCUUUUCACGAAAGAACUCGGAGCAGUCCGACGACGGCUACUUUGGUCACAGCCAGCGACGUUCCUCCAAGUCAGCGGUUGUUACCCCGACAUCCGAAACUUCGACGCCGUACAGCUUCGCAUCCCCCGACAGAUAUUCUCGGCCAGUGGUUGCCGUCGCCGAGGUGGAUGAACCAAGAUGA